AGUCCUAAACACACAACACUCUGUGUCUGGCCAGAGCUCAGAGCUGAGAGGAGCGUCUUGUGCUGCUGCAUCAAAAUCGUGUCUUUCUGGUGGAUUUGAAGUGUUUUUAGAGCAUCAUGGCAGUGAGAGGGCUUCUCUUGGUGUUCUGUCUUCUCCUGCUGGCACGCCGCGCGCUCCAGCAGACCUCCUCGAACAAAAGAAAUGGAAAGAAAGACUCUGCAAACAGCGCAGCAAUCGAGGAGCUGAAGAAACAGAUUAAUGACAUUGUUCAAGAGCUGAAUGUGCUGAAAGAGCAGCAAGCUUUACAAACAGUUUGUCUACGAGGCACAAAGAUCCUCGGGAAGUGUUUCCUGGCUGACCCCGUUAAGAAGAGCUUUCAUGCCGCCAGCGAAGACUGCAUCGCCAAAGGAGGCAGCCUGGUCACUCCUCUGACCGGCGACGAGAACGACCAGCUGUACAGCUACGUCCGCCAGAGCAUCGGCCCCGAGGAGCAUGUGUGGCUGGGCGUCAACGACAUUGUGACUGACGGCCAGUGGGUGGACCAGUCCGGUUCCAACGUGCGCUUCAAGAACUGGGAGACAGAGAUCACCCUGCAGCCGGAUGGAGGCCGCAGCCAGAACUGUGCCAUCCUCUCCACCACCGCUAAUGGGAAGUGGUUUGAUGAGAGCUGCCGAGCUGAGAAGGCGUCAGUGUGCGAGUUCAACAUUGUCUGAUGCGUCAAUCUGCAACCUACACAGAUACACACACACACACAUGAACGUGUCACACUGCUUGCAAGAAAGGGGGAAACAUGAGUAUCAGGUGCAUUAAUGCAAUUCUUAAAAAAAAAAAGGUUCUGCAUAUUUCUUGAGCUCACAUUUUCUUUACCAAGCCAUUGUCAUUAUAUAAGCUAAACGCCUAUGCAUCAAGGUAAACACCACUGGAUGGCCUUUUUCUGAUUGUAUUUUACAUGUAAUCUAUUAUGUAAAUGCAAAGUUAGAACCUCCUUUUUGUUACUUAACAACAAUAAUCAUCGGUACCUUUAACAUUCAAGGUAGUCCUACCUGUUUAUGUCUAGCUUUGAAUGUAACGAAAUGCUUAUUUUACAUUUUAUGCUGCCAAUAAAAAUGUCUACUCAGUUCUAA